GCCCGGCGACGAGUGACUGGCGGCCGCGCGGGAACCAUGGUCCGGGGACCGGCGAGGGCUUGGGCCGUGCUUGGCCCGGUUCUUUGGGGCUGCGGGCUGGCGCUGCAGGGGGGCAUGUUGUACCCCCGAGAGAGCGCUUCGCGGGAGCGCAAGGAUCUGGAUGGCCUUUGGAGCUUCCGCGCCGACUUCUCCGACAACCGGCGCCAGGGCUUCGAGCAGCAGUGGUACCGGACGCCGCUGCGAGAGUCGGGCCCCACCCUGGACAUGCCGGUUCCCUCCAGCUUCAACGAUGUGGGCCAGGAUGGGCAACUGCGUGGCUUUGUUGGCUGGGUGUGGUAUGAACGGGAGGCAACCCUGCCCCAGCGAUGGACUCAGGACCUGGGCACAAGAGUGGUCCUGAGGAUUGGCAGCGCCCAGUACUACGCCAUUGUGUGGGUGAAUGGGGUUCAUGUAGCAGAGCAUGAGGGGGGCCAUCUUCCCUUCGAGGCUGACAUCAGUAAGCUGGUCCAGAGUGGGCCCCUCUCUUCCUGCCGCAUUACCAUCGCCAUCAACAACACGCUCACUCCCCACACCCUGCCACCAGGGACCAUCGUCUACAAGACAGAUACCUCCAGGUACCCCAAAGGUUACUUUGUCCAGAACAUAAAUUUUGACUUCUUCAACUAUGCGGGACUGCACCGGCCUGUGCUUCUCUACACCACACCCAUCACCUACAUUGAUGAUAUCACUAUCGGCACCAGCGUGGACCAAAACACUGGGCUGGUGAAUUACCAGAUUUUUGUCCAGGGCAGUGAACACUUCCAGCUGGAAGUGUAUCUUCUGGAUGAGGAAGGCAAAGUCGUGGCCCAGGGGAUGGGGGGCCAGGGCCAGCUGCAGGUGCCCAGUGCCCAUCUCUGGUGGCCAUACCUGAUGCAUGAGCACCCUGCCUACCUGUACUCGUUGGAGGUGAGGCUGACUGCAGAGACGGCAGCUGGGCCUGUGUCUGACUUCUACACUCUCCCUGUGGGGAUUCGCACUGUGGCUUUCACAGAGAGCCAGUUCCUCAUUAAUGGGAAACCUUUCUAUUUCCAUGGGGUCAACAAGCAUGAGGAUGCAGAUAUCCGAGGGAAGGGCUUUGACUGGCCACUGCUGAUGAAGGACUUCAACUUGCUUCGCUGGCUUGGUGCCAACUCCUUCCGCACCAGCCACUACCCCUAUGCAGAGGAGGUGAUGCAGCUGUGUGACCGCUAUGGGAUCGUGGUCAUCGAUGAGAGCCCUGGCGUGGGCAUCACGCUGAAUGAGAGCUACAGCAGUUCGUCUCUGCAGCACCACCUGGAGGUGAUGGAGGAGCUGGUGCGCAGGGAUAAGAAUCACCCAGCCGUUGUGAUGUGGUCUGUGGCCAAUGAGCCCACUUCCUUCCUGAAGCCUGCUGGUUACUACUUCAAGACACUGAUUGCCCAUACCAAAGCCUUGGACCCCUCCCGGCCGGUGACCUUCGUGACCAGAAUGGACUAUGACGUCGACCGAGGGGCACCGUAUGUGGACAUCAUCUGUGUGAAUAGUUACCUCUCUUGGUAUCAUGACUUUGGGCACCUGGAGGUGAUUCAGCUGCAGCUGGCAACCCAGUUUGAGAACUGGUAUAGAAAGUAUCGGAAGCCAAUUAUCCAGAGCGAGUAUGGAGCAGAUACCAUUGUAGGGCUUCACCAUGAUCCACCUCUGAUGUUCAGUGAAGAGUACCAGAAAGAUCUGCUAGAGCAGUAUCAUGUGGUUCUGGAUCAAAAACGCAAAGAAUAUGUGGUUGGAGAGCUCAUCUGGAAUUUUGCUGAUUUUAUGACUGACCAGUCACCACCGAGAGUAAUGGGGAACAAAAAGGGGAUCUUUACUCGUCAGAGACAACCAAAAGGUGCAGCAUUCCUUUUGAGACAGAGAUACUGGAAACUUGCGAAUGAAACCAGGUACCAUUGGUCAGCUAUGAAGUCACAGUGUGUGGGAAUGAGCCCAUUUACUUUGUAAUGGAAGAAUUACCUCUUUACUGACACCAGCUCUGUCAGCCCCUUCUCCCCAAGUAAGGGGUGAAUUUCCCAGCAAACAGAGAAAGUGCUUCCCUGGACCGUGUGGUAGACCAGAAAGUUUCCUGUCUGGAGUUUGUAGUAAUUUGCUAGAGUUUGUGAAAAUAAAGGCUUUUAUUGUAUGGGAAUAAAGAGUUGGCUCAGAAGUGACCAUAAAUUGAA